CCGCCCGGAGUCUGGGUGGGUGGGGCAGUCUCGGCCUGACGAGCGGAGCUGAGGAUGGCCGCUCGCGGCUCCUUCCCGCUGCUCGUCCAAGGGUCCUGGGGCCCCGAGCCCCCGCAGAACUUGAGCACCAAGUUGCAGAUGUACUUCCAGAGCCCGAAGAGAUCGGGAGGCGGGGAGUGUGAGGUCCGCCAGGAGCCCGGGAGCCCGCCGCAGUUCCUGUUGUUCUUCCAUCUGGAGGACGUUCGGCGGAAGGUUCUGGAGAGAGAGAACCAUGAGUUAGUAUGGCCAGGACAAGGAACAUUCAAGUUAACUGUCCAGUUGCCCACAGCACCAGUGGAAGUCCAUGUCGUUGAGGGGGAAAUUGCAACAAAGGAAUCCAAGGCCAAAGAACGUGUCAAAGAACCAGAUGGGUCAGAAGAACUGGAUGCCAAACUAUUUCCUGACAGAAGAUCAAAAAAAAUUGAAGCUAUCUCAAAAGAAUGUGAAAAGAUUUCCUCUUUGGUUGCAUUUGAAAAUCUCAAGGCAAAUGUGACUGACAUAAUGUUAAUCUUGUUAGUGGAGACCAUUAGUGGCCUUACAAAUGGUGAUUUUCAAGUGGAAAUACUACGAGAUUUUGAUGUUGCUGUAGUUACCUUCCCAAAAUAUGUAGAUGUCAUGAAAUUCAUUGAUGAUUGUGCCAAGCAUCACUCCAUGAAACACCUUAAGCUUUCUCCAAGAGUUCUGGAAGUGACGAAAACAAUCAGGGUUGAAAACCUGCCACCUGGUGUCGAAAACUGUAAUUUGAAAUCUUUAUUUGAAAAUCCUCAAAAUGGAGGAGGAAGAAUUGCCAGUAUUGAAUGUUUUCCGGAAGAGAGUUCAGCUCUGAUUGAAUUUUUUGACAGCAAAGGUAAUAUUGAUUAGCUUUAUUUUGUAAACCUUACCUGGCAUAAUCUAAACCAUUUUAGCAGAUUUUAAGAGCUAUCAGUUGAUAUCUUAUUUUUUAUUUUGUAUUCAUAUAUCUCAUUGGAAAUCCUGUUAGCAGUCCUGUUCACCUGGAAUGUAAUGCUCAAUGAGCCCAGUGAUUCAACUUUAGAGGAGCAAUGUAAAGUUUUGGAGCGAUAAAAAGAGAUUCUCUUGUCUUUAGCUAUGAUGGACUGAAAAAUACUUUAUUCUUAGAAUCUUUGAAAUACUGUAUUUAAAAGGGGGUGAUCUGUGUUUUAGCUCUACACUAGGUAGAAAUUCUCAAGUUAAUUUCAACAAAGGUUAGGUAAAGAAAUACUCAGAAACACAUACAGUUCCUGUAAAGCAUCACUACUUCCCCUGUGACCUGUCAGUAUCAUCAUUUAGAAAUUGAUAGGAGUGGUUUCAUGUGAUCAAUGGAUGCCUGCAGGACUGUUCUUGGCAGUGACCCUGUGAAAACCAUGUCCAACCGAGCUGUAGGGAAAUACUUCUGAGGGGUUUGUAGAGGUAGACUGACCGUUCUCUGAACCAUAUGCAGAGUCAGCUGGGAGAUUCCACUGAUGUUCAGAGGUCAAGGCUGAGGAGUAGGAAUCAGGGGGCCAGACUUCUUAGGGAGAGAAUUAACGUUGUGCUUGGCAUUAACUGGAGGAGCAUGAGACAGGACCAUGUAGCAUGCCACCUGCUCCAGAUAAAUUGUUUCAUGGGAGUAUUUGGAGGAAACUCUUACAUAUUGGGGAAACGGGUGAAGGUAUGGUUUGG